AUGAAGACGGGAAGCGAGAGGAACCCUUCGCCGCGUAUCCGUGUGCACAAUGCCGAGUUGUACACAGAUGUCAUGAAUGCCUCAGACUGGAGCCGCAUGAUUGAGCGGGAACAGCAGCGAGAACGAAUUGCGGCCCGUCGUCAACACGAGGCAGAGGAGUGGCAGCUGCAGGAGCAGAUGAAGUUGGAAGAGGUUCGGUUGCAGGCAGCACGAGACACGGAGGCGGCGAAGGCACGUCAAGAGCGGCGAGCCAGAGAAGACACGCAGGAGCAGGAACUGGCGGAUUUUAUGCGCCGCUUUACUGCAUUUGUAGAGGAACACGAGGACUUCAAUGCACGCUGUGCAUGCCAGACGCGCCGUGAAGAGAGGCACUUGCGGCGUGUGGUGGAGAAGCUCCAUCGUGCCUGGAAGGAGGAUGUGUUUCUGCCAGUGCAGGCGUUUAUUGACGCCCAGCUGCAGGAUGUAGAGGGGGAGGAGCACCGGACGUUACUACGACACAACAUGUUGACCGCAUUCCUUAAAGAGUGUAACCGCACCGAUCGUUUCGGCGGCCGCCACGCCGUUUACCGUGACAUUAUUGACGAGGUGCGGUACGACCCCCUGGGGCAGCUUCAGACCUGCACCAUUCGUUACCCUGCACCCCCUCGACGCGAGACGGCUGUGGAUGCGCAGCGGCGGGCGGCGGAGGAGGUUCAGCGGAAGUAUGCUCAGCUGGCGAUUGACUUUCACGGACUGGAGCGGGAGUCCACAACAGGCGUGCUGACGGAUCCACCCUUGAAUGACACUUCACAGAUCCCAGCGACGAAUCUGCCCAUAACGGGAGUUGUUUCCACAGGAAAAGAAUUUCACUUUGCGUCACGGACGUGGUCGAGUGACCCAAGGGAGGUGGCGACAACUGCAACGGGCAUAGGGAGCAACGCGACGUUGUCCACGACGGGAUGGACGGCAAAACAUUGUACCAGCACAGCGGGACGGACGACAAGACGGACGGUGCUUCCCCCGUUGCAGCAUCCACCGCCCCCAAAAGAUUUUCGUCACCUCAGCUACGGUAUUAAUGUAAAUGCUGUCGAUUCACUUGCAAAAUGGACGAAGGAACGACGUAUGCCGAGGCCACGUGAGGCCGAUCUCCCCGUUACCAUGUGGGGCCGAUUCCCUGAAACAAUACACGGCUGGAUGGCUACCGCCGACGGUGACGUCAAGCCGAGUAGCAGGCGCCGGGUUGACGCCGCACGGAAGGCGCAACAUUCGGAUGUCAUGUUUGAUCACUACAACUUUCCACGGGGGUUAGAUGGCCCACUGCACACGGGCAAACGUGUUUUGUGA